GCCGCAGCGAGAGCAGAGCGGACGGAGCGCGGCGGCGGACUCGACGCACACACAGACUUCCUUCCUACUCAGCGCGAGCGGGCUGCCUUGACAGACAGGCGGCGUUCUGACAAAUUACCCAGCAGCUUUAUAUUUGCAUCCACCGUCUAAAAUCGCAAGCUCGUCUGGAUUUUUCCUUUUCUCGUUCCUCUUUCAAACGGAAGAUAAGGCAAUAUAUUCUUCACCUCCUCCUCCUCCCCCCUCCUCCUCCUCGUCGUCCUCCUCCUCUCUCGCUCCGCGAGUCGGGAGUUAUAUAACGCGGAGAAAACGUCAGCGAGCGGUCUCCUCCGGUGGGGCCGGCGUGAGUCAUUGAUAAAUACACGGGCAUUCUUCGCGCAGAUGCAUGAAUGAGCGCAAGUUUAGGGAAUCUGCACCACGGGAAUCUGCCAGAGCCUCCCGAUCCGUCGCCUCCUUGAAAACGACUCCUUUUGACGACAACAACAACAACAACAACAACAACAAAGGUGCGAGAAACCGAUUCGAUUCGUCGGACUCUUCUCACGCAACGAUUUUUAUUUCGACGCACAACAUUUUUUUUCUUCUUCUUCUUAUAAUUCCCGCGAUCCAGCCUCGCGCUACCGCUUAAACCCCCCUCCAUGCGCCAGUCCGCGUAAGGUUUUUUUUUCCUUUUUUUUUUGCUUCAAGGAGGGGGCCCUCUCCUCCGCUGAAAGGCGACGCUUAGCCAGGCCGACCCGAGCCAGUUUCCCAGCGGCCAGGUGUCCAGCGCUCUCCGCUAUAAAUGCUCGACAAGCUCAAGCCCGUUCAGCUCGACUCGGCAAUGGCGAUCAGCAAGACCGUUGGGUGGCUCAGGGAGCAGCUGGAGACGCGCAGGGACUGCCUGCUGGUCAUGGACUGCCGGGCGCAGGAGCUCUUCGAGUCGUCGCACGUCGACACGGCCAUAAACGUGGCCAUCCCGAGCCUCAUGCUCCGCCGGCUGAAGAAGGGCAACCUGCCCGUCAAGUCUCUGCUCUCGAACGGCGACGACCGGGAGAGAUUCGCGCGGAGGUGCAAGACGGACACCAUCGUGCUGUACGACGAGUACAGCAGGGAGUGGAACGAGAACGUCGACGGGGGCUCCGUGCUGGGCUUGCUGCUGAGGAGGAUGAAAGACGAAGGCUACAAGGCUUAUUAUCUGGAGGGUGGAUUUAGUAAGUUCCAGGCCGAGUUCCCCGCCCUGUGCGAGACGAACCUGGACGGCUCCUCCAACAGCAGCUCGCCCACCGCCCAGGUGCUGGGCCUCGGCGGGCUGCGGAUCAGCUCCGACUCCUCCGACAUCGAGUCGGACCUCGACCGCGACCCGAGCAGCGCCACCGACUCCGACGGCAGCCCGCUGUCCAACCCGCAGCCCUCCUUCCCCGUGGAGAUCCUGCCCCACCUGUACCUGGGCUGCGCCAAGGACUCCACCAACCUGGACAUCCUGGAGGAGUACGGCAUCAAGUACAUCCUCAACGUGACGCCCAACCUCCCCAAUCUGUUCGAGAACGCCGGCGAGUUCAAGUACAAGCAGAUCCCCAUCUCGGAUCACUGGAGCCAGAACCUCUCCCAGUUCUUCCCCGAGGCCAUCAGCUUCAUCGAUGAAGCCCGGGGUCAGAAGUGCGGCGUCCUGGUCCACUGCCUUGCCGGCAUCAGCCGCUCCGUCACGGUGACGGUGGCCUACCUGAUGCAGAAGCUCAACCUGUCCAUGAACGACGCCUACGACAUCGUCAAGAUGAAGAAGUCCAACAUCUCGCCCAACUUCAACUUCAUGGGCCAGCUGCUGGACUUCGAGCGCACGCUGGGCCUGAAGAGUCCGUGCGACAACCGCGUGGCGGCGCCGAGCCAGCCGCUGUACUUCACCACCCCCACCAACCACAACGUCUUCCAGCUGGACCCGCUGGAGUCCACGUGAGGGGGGGCUCGUUUUCACCGACAACCCUCAAAAAACCACCCUCCCUUAGCGGUUAAUGGAGACGCCGUGGGCCUCCGCUGGAAAACCUGCAAAAAAAGUUUCCAAAUUUCCCCCCCCCCCCGUCACCUGCUUGAGUGACGGGGGCUCCUGACGUUGUUGAUGCGGCUGGCCCGAGGCCACGGCUGCCGGACGGGGUUGCAGCAGGAGCCGAGCCGUCUGCCCGACGCUCUGAUUGCAGCUGCUAACGUGAAGAUGGACAAAGGAGGGGAGAAGGACGGAGAGAGAGAGAUGAGUUGUAACGCAGAGGGCGCAGACACUUCCCUGUAUUGCUAUCUUGACUUCUUCUCUGUUUCCUGUCAGUGCAUUGGAAGGGACAGGAAGUGAUCCGACGGACCCAUCCAAGUUCCUCGGCUGGCGUGCCAAAGAGACGUGAUUGUUCGAACUCGACAAAAGUAUAGAAAUGAAUAUGAAAUCUUCUUUUUUUUGCAUUUUGUUUUUGCAUUUGGUUUCGGGGUUGAGGGAUUAAAACGCUCACACCCUCGAGACUUCUGGGGGGGGGUAUGUUAUCUCCCCCCCCCUCGUCUUCUGCGAAGACUAGCCCGUGGUGGGGUUGUAGCACCCCAGGUAUGGAUGGCGCAGUAUAGCGGACUCAAUUUCACACGUGUGGAGUCUUUUUUUUUUGGGAAAACCAUUUAUAUACUUUGUGUAUAUAUAUCGUCAUAUGAUAGACCAUACAGUAAAAAGCCUUGUUCUAGUAUAUACACCCUUUGUAAGAAAAGAAAAAGAAAAAAAGUGGGUACUGAAUAUUUUAUUUGUUUUCAUCUUCUACUUUCGUGUAAGCGACCUAACUGCAUAUCGAUCAAGUAUGUUUAAGUUGAUUAUGCCAAAAAAAAAAAAGAAAAUUUUUCGUAGGUUUUCCAAGAAUCGUACAUGAAUCUGUAUAUGUGUAAUAUAUUUGAUAAUCGCUUUUACGUGUGAAUUCAGCCACUUUCGGCCUUGUUUUAUGCACCCCCGCUUCAAAACCCAAUCCACGUCACCUUUGGUUGUAAUGCCUUAGUUUUCGUGCACGGAAGGAUUUACGACGCGUUAACGUUCAGAGUGCUGACGUCACUUCCUGUCACCGGUUUGCACGACGGUUCAAAAAAAAAAAAUCUCACGUAGCCUAAGCUCUUUUUUCAUAGGGCCGGUUUUUCCGGAGAGCUAUUGAUAAUUUUUUGGGAUGGCUUCAACAAGUCCCCAGCCACGUUUGAAUCAGACGGGGCAAGCUUUAGGGCAGCCAUGAGGGGACCCCCCCCCACCCCCAUGUGGGUAAGGCUACAUCUGGUCUAUCAGUAACGUCUCCUCUGGAAGUUAAUGCCGAGUAACACACCGGCUGAAAGUCUCUGAGAUGUCGACAAAAGCGAGCGGCUUCGCCCGGCCUCGCCUCUUCAGGGACAAAACUCUAUGAAAUGCAGUUUUUCUUUUUUUUCUGUGGAUUGAGAGAUAUACGUAUCUAGUACCGGGAGGGGGUUAUUGCCCCCCCUCCCCCUUCCUCCUCCUCCCCCUCCUCCUCCUGAGAGAAGGCCCCCCCCACCCUUUCACACUCCUCUUGCGAAUGUAAAGAAAAGAUAAGUUAUUAAUAAAUUGCUAUUUUGUCUACACUUUCAGCA